AUGGAGACCUGGUUUUGGAUUCUUGGCUGGGUUCUUUCAUUUCUGGCUAUCAUUGGAAAUGGAUUUACAAUCUUCCUCGUUUGCAGCAGACGAAAUCUCCGCACCAAAACCAACGCGUUUAUUGUUUCACUUGCCGUGGCGGAUUUCUGUGUUGGUUUGAGUGUUAUUCCUUCUCUGUUUUUAUGCGACUUUACAAACACCUGCCACUGGCCUCAACAUUGGCUGUCUUGGGUAAAUUUUGUAAGGUGGUUGUUUAGUUACACGUCUGUUGUAAACUUAUCCGUCUUAGUACUGGAUCGUUUUAUUGCCAUCGUCCAUCCUCUAAAAUACAUUACUUUUAUGACUCGCCGUCACAUCAUCCAAGUUAUUUUCUUCUCGUGGACUACAACAGCUGGUUUUGAGGUGCUUCAGUUUUCACUUCGUGUUAGUUUAAAAACAAGACUGGUUGAUGCUAUUUUUUGCUGGCUGGAUGUAAUUUUUCUCGAGUUUCUCCCAUCUACGCUGAUGGUAUUCAGUUUUGUUUCAAUAAUAGUUCGUGUACGCAAGCAUUAUGGGUCGACACGCACUUUAUCGAAACAGCUACGAUAUAAUCAUCGCUGUGUGUCUCUUAAAACCUAUCACGGCGAGAAGUCUGCUGUAAUAAUGAUGGGUAUUGUGAUAGGAGUGUUUGUUAUUACCUACGGAAUGUAUUUGCACUGUAGUUUUCUAAUACUAUUCGACACUACUGGAAUGGCAUCAUGCAACGAUGUAAAAUACAAAUUUCCUCUCUUGGUUUUAAAUUCGGCAAUUAACCCCCUGGCUUAUGCUUUUUUCAAAAGAGAUGUAAAGAAAGAGUUUAGAAGACUUAUCUCUAUAGAUAUGUUUUUUAAAAAAGGCAACCAAGUUAAGCCUUCCACUUACGUGCUGGACACUAGGAGGCAUCUUAGUAGCUCGCUCCUAUAGAAAAGUACUUACAGUUGAAAUUUGCUGCAUGUUUAGAGCUGGCAAAUCUAUGGCUCGUCUUUUUUGACUCCAUCUGAAUUGAAAUUUGGAAAUAUUGGUAUUUGAGGAAGGAGCAAGACCCAUAGGACCCUGAGAAUACUCUUCUUAGAGAAAGCUUGAAAGAACACGAAAUACACCUAACGUGGAAGCCACGCUUAGUUUGAGAUUCAAUCCCAGUGUUUAUCAUAUUAAGUGGUAGGAUACGAACGUUUUAUGGCAGAAAAUGAACAAACAAACAAAUAAACAAAAUGGCAAAAGAGAAGGAGAAUCGCGAAAUGUGUCAUAAUGUGUCUGGGAUCUUACUUAAACACCCUUUCUGGUUUUUGCUAUUAGCUUUUGAGGAUGUUAAUACUUAUCGGGAAACCGUGCAAUAUAAGUUCACCGUGUUUUCAGUUAGAAAGAUUACUUCUUUUGUCUUGUGUUCACAAUGGGUGUUUAAAAUUUUGUUUUUGCCAAUUUGGAGACAAAAUGGAUCGUGGUGAGCGAUGUAAAACAUUGUUUUUGUCCUCCCGUCAUUGACGUUCACACGCCUUAAUCAGCAUUGAAAAAUUCAUAUAUGGAUUACAGUGGAACCUCCAUAUCACGAAGGGCCAUAGGACAGGCAAAAUGUGUUCGCUUUAACGACGUUUCGUGAUAUCGAGGGUAAUCCACUGUACUAGAUGAUCGAAAAGGCGAUGAAAGAUAACUAAAUGAAAAUAGUUAUGUACAAAAUAAAUCAUUUUCUAUUUCUGAAAGGAUCUUAUGAGAUUAACUGGUAUGAAGAAAGAAGGAGAAACACACGUCAACCUGCGUGAGGUUCGCAACCUAAAAGGAGUGAUCUUUUUUCCCCUCUUAUACAAAUCCCUAUAUUGGAACGUUGCGCCAUAUUGCCCAUGGUCAAAUUUCGAGCAGGGCCACCUGUGAUUUAACUUUAAAAAAAAUUGACUGUUGGCUGGUUGCUCAUUAGGCAGUCCAACACCAAACAGGGGAAGAGUUGUCCACCGCUGGAACGCUAUGAUAUUCAAUAACAUUUUCGAAAAAUUAAGCGACAAGAAAUGGAAGUAUAACAGAAAAAUUUUACCUUGACAUAAAAAUAUAUUAAUAAUUUGGCAGAACAGUGUUGUUUUAGGUCAUAUCGAAACUUCUAUGUUUCUUAUGCCAUUCAGUAUAUUUGAAGAAUUGUAAAUUUAACACGUGUUCUACCAUCGCUAAUAGGGAGCUUAAGCAACGACGACGCGAACGGCAACGAGAACGGCAAAAAAGCAACAGGUUUGAUUAGCAAAACAACAACUUUGCACGUGCAUCACGCUUUUUUUGUACAUUUCUUUGCCGUCGUUGCCCGACUAUAACGUGAAAGUGCCUGAAUUCACGUUUUGUCGAGGACGGGAACACAAGACAAAAACUUUCUUUUCUUUUCCUGAACUUUGAUACAGUCCUUUAGAAUUCAACUCCAAAAACAUUUGCCAACAUUUGACGAAGUAAACGAGAUGGAAUAAGCGCGAUAAAGUUUGAAGCGGUGCGAAUUCAAUUUUUAAGUGACGUUUUGUAGCCGUCGCCGUCGUUGUUGCUUAAGCUCCCUAAUUAAUUCACAAAGGUGCAACCAGACAAUUACAUCGAGAUAGCCUGCGUUGCAGCCGGCCCACGCAUAAUCUUUCUCCGAGGCGGGCAAUCGUCGGGAGGGUAUUUUAAUAGUUGACCUUCAAUACCUUUUGAAGACUUUAAUUAUCGGCAACGUUUUUCAAAAAGGAAGAUAAACAGGUGAGCCUUCCACUUAAUGAUAUUGAUAUUGCGCAAAUAAACAUACUAAACUGACAUGAUCAAAUGACUCAAAUGCACUGACAAUACUAUUACUAACAAACCUGACUAAAAAUAAAUAUAUAUCAGUUAAAUACAUUGAAAAAUUACAUGCAUAAUAAAUAAAUAAAUGCCUACUUGUUUAGUUCAUUUUGUACGAGGUGAAUCUCAGGGUACGUUUUUUUUAGAAUCACAAUCGGACUUUUGAUCUCCUGAGAAGAAGAAGAAACAAAAGCAAACUGAUCCUCAGGGCGAAGAGAAAUGGGAAAAGCAACAUAAAUACGUAUUGGUCAAUGUAUGAAUACGUUUUUUCCAAGAGGCCGAAAGGUGACGAUCUACACAACAAUCAAUUUAUAUGUGAAUUAAUUCGUAACUUCCCAUACUAUAAAUUGUUCUAAGAUUUGUAGUUUUUUUUCCAGAACUAAUUUACUACUUUAACAUGAGGUGUCAUGAUAAUUUUCACUAAUGCUUGAAAAUCCUCUUUUAUUAAAAAGUUUAUUAUUAUUGAUAUGAGUUUUUCUCUCUGGAAGGAGGGUAUAAACCAUUUGUUUGUCAGAUUUAUGUGUGUAAAAUAUCCAAAUUCUAUUCUUUCUGAUUGGUCCAAAAACAAAACGUUUCACAUAGUCUUGCCCUGAUCAAGCUAACAAUAACUUGGUAGAAAUUGUUUUUCGUUGUUUUAUUAUCAUUUUGCCAUAAAAUUAAUUAAAAAAAGAGGCAAGGGAGCCCAAGGAAGCCAAUAAGGCUUAGCUUGUGAAUAGGAACAACUUUAAAAGUAUGUUAUCUAAGUAAUAAAUAAAAUACUGACAUCGGCAAGCGAUUGAGUGAUUGAAUUAAAACGUAAACGAUACCGGUAGUAAAGGAACGCCUUCCGGUUCACUUUUGGUUUUAUAUUCAAGGCCAUUUAUAAUACCCCAUGCAUUAAUAAUAUAACAGUUCCCUUUAUUUUCUUAUAAUGCUCCAGUUGGUACUUUACUACAGCACAGAAAUACACUCGCUAUUUUUUGAGAAAAAUGCCAUCAAAACAUAGCCGUAGUUUUGCGUUCCCCGGGUGAAAAAUAAUAUUAUGUAAAAUAAGAUUUAGCUGAUCAGAACGUGCAGACCGCAUAUAUGGUAAAGCAAUACUCACGAUGCCGUCACCUAUUGAUAGGGAGCUUUAGCAUUGACGACGGCGACGGCAGCGAAAACGCUACUUUAAAAAUGAGGUCUCCUUUUUUACAAACUCUGUCGAGUUUAUUCCAGUUCGCUGAAAAUGUUAAAUGCCGGCGAAUUUCCCUGAAUUUAAUUUCUUGGAGACCGCACUCAAGUUUAGAAAGAGAAACAAAAAUAAGUCGUCGCUUGUUUACGUACUCCAUUAAACGUGAAAUUAGGCAUUUUCACAUCGUAGUCGUAAAGUGACAGCAAAGAAAUGUACAAAAAAGCGUGAUGCACGUGCAAAGUCGUUGUUUUGCUUAAUAAACCUAUUGGUUUUUUGAAGUUCCCUUUGCCUUUGUGGUUACUAAAGGUCCCUAAUAUUAAUGCGCCUAAUGUUAAUGUGCCGACCAGAAGCGCAUUGGUCCUUACACUAAAAAUUCGUUUGUUUCACUCGUUAGAAAUUUGACUAACAAUUAAAGGAUGUUUGUAAACAGUGACGUCUCUUAUAGCUCAAUCGUGGGUUUAUUGCUUGUACUUACAAAUGAAAGUUACUGAAUUAGUUAUUAGAUUCCACUUAGCAGCCAGCCCGAGUACACGCUGCUGGCAGCGUCUUGUUUACUUCUUUCCUUUAUUUUCUUAUUGCUGUGGAAAACGAUAGAACAAGUAAUCGAGAUAAAAUGAAUCGUAUCCUGAGUGAUGUGAAAUUAAAUAUUUUGUUAUUAAAGCUCAAAGAUAAAAUAUUCUUAAAUUAAAUCUACAAAAAACUGAGAAGGCCAUGGGAUGGGUUAAAUGGCAGCUGGAAAUUGGUUAAAAUUUUAACGUGACUGACAGCUGAGAAAUAAUAACAAGUAUUGAAUGUGGCUGAAUAGAUCUGUAUAAUUCUUCAGAUCAUACAAAAGCCGAAUUCAAUAAUUGUUUUUAUCAUUCCUUUCAAAAUAUUCAUAUCUAAACUACCUAGUAUGCUUACCUCAAACGAUGCCUUAAGGCUUUGACGGUUCUGGCGGCAAAUACAGGGGCGAAUUAAGGGAUGUGUAAUCCAUCAAAAAUUGGCAAAAAGUGGUUGUCAUCUGUGGUGUGUUAUAGUCGUGGGUAGUAAUUUUUUAAAUUUGUUUAAUUGUGUAAAUUAUCUAACUGAUGUGCAAACAGUUAUCCUCUUUAUUGGCCAAGAGGUGGGAACAACCAACAUAAAAUCGUCAGAAAGUCUGAAAUAUAAAAUAACUAGCAGGCUUUAAUUUCAAGGAGAAAGGAAAAAUGUAUUUUUUUUUAUUACAGCUACAUGUAUGUAUAUGUAUGUAUAUUUUUUCUGUAGAUUCAUUAAAAUUUGUGAUAAAAGAAUUCAGUGGGCAACCUACCCCCGGGGGGGGGGGGGGAUAAGCUAAGUCUGGGACUGGGUAUAGAAAUCAGAGAGAAAUUCUUGGAUAGGGAGGAAUUUGGGAAGUUUAGUUUAGUAUAGAGUAGCAAAAUUCAGCUGAACCAGAAGUCUAGGCUAGGUGUUCCAGUGUUGCAGCGACACAUUACCACCCGAAAAUUUCUGAAGAACCCCCCGCCCCCGGCGGGCAACCCUAAAAGAGUAGACGAGAUGUCCACUGCUUGAACGGUACAUUAAAAAGCGCUACAUGAUAAAAUCUUCGAAAUUAAGCGAUAAGAAAAGAACAUAUAUAUUAUAUCUUUAACAACGUAUAAGAUUCCAAGAAUUUAUUAAAACAUUUUGUACUUAUUUUAUUACCAAACACACAAAGAAACGUCAGGUAUUUAAUAUAUUAUCGUCCUGAUGCAAAUUUUUGUUCUAGCACAGCGCAAGACAAAUUAUUACGACAUUAGUUAGCAAAUUAUUGCAAAUAAAGACGAUUUAAAGAACAAAUAGAGCGUUUUCACUCACAUGGCCAGCAACUAUGAAAAUUUAUUGGAACAAAAGAGAGCGUUUACAGAGGAGAAGAGUUCAGUCAACUCCCACAGGAUUGAUUGGCACGCCAACAAGGCUGCGGUUUCAUUGUUUUGGAACACCAAUAUGGCCGCCGUGACGUCAUGUAAAAACGCUCCAUAGUAACCAGUUGACAUGUGUCCCUGAUACUUAUGCAAGAUGUUGGUUAUAUUCUACAGUUGAUAAGAACUUCCUUUAACUGUUAAGAAUGGAGACCUGGUUUUGGAUUCUAGGUUGGUUCCUUUCAUUUCUGACCAUCCUUGGAAAUGGAUUUACAAUCUUCCUCGUUUGCAGCAGACGAAGUCUCCGCACCAAAACCAACGCCUUUAUUGUUUCACUUGCAGUAGCGGAUUUCUGUGUUGGUUUGAGCAUUAUCCCUUCUCUGUUCUUUUGCGACAUUACAAACACCUGCCACUGGCCUUAUUAUUGGCUCUCGUGGGUGAAUAUUAUAAGGUGGUUGUUUGGUCUCACGUCUGUUGUAAACUUAUGCGGCUUAGUACUGGAUCGUUUUAUUGCCAUUGUCCAUCCUCUAAAAUACAUUACUUUGAUGACUCGCCGUCGAAUUACCCAAGCUAUUUUCUUUUCUUGGGUUCUAGCAGUUAGUUAUAAUGCGCUAAAAGAAACCCUUUGUAUUGUUUUAUAUCAAAACAAGACCUGUCCUUUUGCAAUUUGGCUGACCAUGGUGUUCGAGAUUCUUCCAUGUGUUAUACUGAUACUCUGCUUUGCAUCAAUGAUAUUUCAAGUACGCAGACAUGAUCGGUCAGCACGCAUGGUAGCAAAACAGUUACGUUUUAACCAUCAGGUGUCUUUUAAAACUCAUCACGAGAAGUCUGCAGUAAUAAUGAUGGGUCUUGUGAUAGGAGUGUUUCUCGUUUGCUAUGGGAUGUAUCUGCGUUGUAGUUUUCUAAUACUAUUCCAGACUAGCACUACGAUAACCUCAUCGCCAUGCCAUGAUGAGCACUACAAAAUUCCUCUCUUGGUUUUAAACUCGGCCAUUAACCCGCUGGCUUAUGCCUUUUUCAAAAGAGACAUAAAGAAAGAGUUUAGAAGACUAAUCGGUCACGUGGUUUUUAAGAAAAGUAACCAAGUAGAGCCUUCCACUCAUCGUUAGAUCACUUUUGAAGGACAGAAAUCUUAAUAUUAGUUGGCAGAACUGCCUUUGAUAGCGGAUUGUGUCAGGCAUCGCGGGCGGCAGUUUUGGAGCCCGCAAAUCCCUGGAGGUUUGUCUCAAAUCAUAGUUUGGAAGCACUGGUGUUUAAGGAGUGUACAAGAACCAAAGGACUAUAAGAAUACAUUCCAGUAUAAGUCAGGUGCUUUCUUGAAACGAUUCCGAGGUAUAUAUAUAAAAAAAGACUUGUUGCCGCUGUAUUUUAAAGAAAAUACAUCAAUUUUAACUAAACCCUACCACAGGACGCGUGACUCAAUUUUGGAGGAUGUAGGACUUAAAAGACGCUGAAAGGCUUGAGAAGAGACUGCCAGAUGGAUCUGUGACUCUUGACUGAAAGCAAAUUGGAAUUUGGAAAAAAAAAAAAAUAAACAGGCGUACGAGGAGAGAAAACAAGAACCUUUGGACGCUAAGAGAAUUUAAAAUAUUAAGUAGUAGUUUCAUGUAUUUAUCUUCCAGAUGCGAAUUAUUCCGAUCAAUUUAGCUUAGCCUGAAUGAAAUGUUUAAGAACGUUAGUACGAUCGCCAUCGACCAUACAGGUCUGAGUCCUUUUCUUUCUCAUGACGAGAAAGGCCAUCGUUUUCUGUUGCAAACGAGUUUUCAAGCUGUUUCUUUGCUUUGUGUUCAAUGUCCUGUAGCAUCUGAUAUAUAUGUAUCUUUUUUACCUACUGGCUUUUGAUUGGAUAGCGGAAACAAACUAAACUUCUUCUAAUAAACUGCUGUCUAACGUUUUCAAAUAAGCAUACAAUGACUUAGCAAUUAUUUAGUGAACCAAGUUGACAAUAAAUUGUAGUAAAGGGAUAACUCACGUGACUGACUUUGUCCCGUUUGACUGACAGAUGUUCUCGCGCUAUUGCCACGUGACGGUCCCCGUUUUCUCUAGCUCUUACUAAUUUAGGAAUACGUCAAUUUGAUAAAUGUGACCCUGCUUUUUACCCAAAAGCGUUAUUGUGGGCGACAAGAGGAGCCCGCAAUCCUAAUCUCCAGGUUGUUAUUACGCAUACGUCGCAUGUAUGUAGCCAGCAUGAGUUUGGACUUGCACUAAGAAUGAAUGGAAUGCACAGAACGCAAUUUGAACGCGCGACUCGACCUUCUGCCUCUCGUAAUCUGAUCACGCGUUUUUUGACCAUAUGUCACAUGAAACUUACGCAAAGCACAGCUAGUCGUUGUCGCCAGCACUCCCUAACCUUUGGUUAUUACUAGUUAUUAGUUAUUUCGCAUGCGUCACAUGUAUGUAGCCAGCAUUCGUUUGGACUUCCACCAAGAAUGAAUGGAAUAUACAGAAGGCAAUUUGAUCACGCGUGUUUGGAUCUUCUAUCACUCGUAAUCUGAUCAGGCGUGUUUUGACUAUCUCUCACUUGAAACGCAUACAAAGCACACUUAAUUACAGUGAUGGAGAUGACAUUCAUUAGCACCGUUAGUAUAAAUAAAAACGAUUAGUACCGCCGGGGCAGGGGGGGUGGGGGUGGGUGGUACUCCCUAAGAGGGGUACCUUUUCAGGCUUUAGUAGGUAAAUAUAUGAAAGGGCAAGGGUUUCAUUAGUUUAAGUAUAUGAAAAACUAUGGAAAUCUAUCCUUUUGGUCUAUAAUACAACCAAAAAAAGGAUGAACAGAUAUAUUUUGUGGAUGUGAAAGAGACAAGAAAACUUCGUAGUUCCGUGAUUGAUUUAUAUUCAAAAGGAAGGUGCAAAUACAGCAAUUAACGUCUAAACAAGGUAUAUGAGAGGAGUGCUAUCUGUCAGUAGAAGGAAUACAAAAGGGUAACUGGUAUAUAAAAGGGUAGGGGGGAUUGGACAUCGCGGAACAGCCUCACUGUAUAAAACUUCGUUGAGUGUCCUACCUCCUCGGGAUAGUAAAAAAUAACUGCUACCCUGAUAUUCAUGCAAGGUGUUGUUUAUAAUCUAUAGUUAAUAAGAACUUCCUUUAACAAUUAAGAUGGAGAUCUGGUUUUGGAUCCUUGGCUGGGUUCUUUCCUCCAAAUCUCGCCCCAAAACCAACGCGUUUAUUGUUUCACUUGCCGUGGCGGAUUUCUGUGUUGGUUUGAGCGUAAUUCCUUCUCUGUUUUUAUGCGACGUUACAAACACCUGCCACAGGCCUCACCCAACCUUGGGUGGCUGUCAUACGGUUGCUGUUUAG